AUGAGCUGCAACCUUUUUCUCCUGGCUUUUGUCCUGGGCAUGACUGGAACCUUCCACUAUGGAUUGCAGGUCUCCAUAAUCAAUUCUCCUGCUGAGUACAUCCAGAGUUUCAUCCAUGAGACCUGGCUGAAGAGAUAUGGCUCCUCUCCCAGUGCAGAGAUGAUCACUUUGAUGUGGUCCCUCAUUGUGUCCAUCUACAGCAUUGGUGGGCUCCUGGGCUCCUGCUGUGCUGGGUUCUUGUGUGUCCGCUUUGGAAGGAAGAAGGCCAUGCUGCUUUCCAACAUCCCUGCUCUGCUGGGUGCAGCUCUGAUGGGACUCAGCCGGCUGUGUGGAUCUUUUGAGAUGAUCAUUGCUGGAAGGUUAUUUUCUGGAGUCUGUGGAGGUCUAACUCAGAAUGUCCAUAUCAUGUAUGCUGGGGAAUGUGCCCCACGGAAGCUCCGUGGGCUGAUUGCCAUAACAGCUUCCACCUUCUCUGCUCUUGGAAAAUUUGUAGGAUUUGCUCUGGGUCUCAGAGAAGUUCUUGGAGUGGAGGCUCUCUGGCCCAUUCUGCUGGCAGCCAAUGCAGUCCCCGUGCUUGUUCAGCUUCUCACCCUCCCCUUCUUCCCAGACUCUCCCCGCUACCUGCUCAUUGACCGCAAGGACAAGGAGGGAUGCAUCAAAGCUGUGAAGCAGCUCUGGGGGGAUGGGGACCAUCUGGCUGAAAUCAAUGACAUGAUGUCAGAGCAGAGAGCCAUCGGUGGCGAGAAGGCGAAGAGCGUUUGGGACCUGCUGCGGGACAGAGCCGUGCGCUGGCAGCUCAUCACUCUGCUCCUCGUGGUCUCCUGCAUCCAGCUCCUCGGGGCCAACGUGGUUUACUCUUAUGCAUACAGUAUCUUUACAAAGGCUGGAAUCCCCCCUGCUCAAACCCACUAUGUGUCCCUGGGGAUUGGGACCACUGAGAUCCUCUCCACAGUUCUGUGUGGCUUCCUCAUUGAGCGUGCAGGGAGGAAGACACUGCUGUGGAAGAACUACGCCGUGAUGGCCUUGGCUCUAGGGCUCCUCACAGUCACACUCGCACUGCAGGACUCCUAUUUCUGGGUACCAUACUGCUCUGUUGCACUUGUCUUUAUUUUCAUCAUGAGCUUUGGCAUUGGGCCAGGUGGAGUCGUAUGCCCCUUGAUCACAGAAAUAUUUAUUCAGUCAUACAGACCAGCUGCUUAUGUUUUUAAUGGUGUUAUAAACUGGAUCCAACUCUUCAUCCUUGGGCUUGUGUUCCCUUUCAUUGUGGAAGGUCUUGGCAAUUUCUGUUUCAUCAUUUUCCUGACAUACUCUUUGUGCAUGGCUAUUUUUGUACUCCUGGUGCUGCCAGAGACCAAAGGAAAGACCAUGCUGCAGGUCAAGGAGGAGUUCAACCGCCUGAACUACCGUGGGAAGAAGGGGCAGGCAGCCCUGGAGCAGAGUAACUGCUCAGUGGUGACUGUUACUAGGCUUUAA